AUUCUCGGUAUAAUCUACGUUCAUACAUGCAUGCAUUCAAUUGCGAAAAGAAGAUCACUUCCUCUGUGUCAAAUCAGUGAGUUCACGUCAUGUGACAGUCGGAGAAACCUGUCGGUCAAAAAUGAAUAUGUUUAUCCGAACCCCGCUGCGACACUAGCACACUCUUAGAGUCGUACCUACGAAGCUCGAGCCUAGAAGAUGAUGACAGCUUUGUGGAAAUGCGAUCAUAGCUUGUGAACUUCGUCCUUAUCAAUGAAUUUUUGUCCAUCUGGAAUUCGCAAUUGCCAUACAGCAUGAUGCGUAAAGCAAUUCCAGCUUUGUUAGCUAUAGCCUCAAUAACAUUAGCUAGUCAAAAUGUGUUCAGUAUUCACGAUGACUUGCUUGCAUUUCCACAGUAUGAAGUAGUAUUUUCAAAUGAAUUUCCUUCUCAAGAGGAAGCAUAUUUUAUCGCCAAUCAUCCCAAUUCGCCAAUCAGAUUUUCAGGUAAUGAAGAAGAUCUUAAAAGCCUACAAUCAUCUCAACACCCUAUUCAAGAUGGUUCCACCGAUCAUGAGUCCGAGCCUCCCAAGAAAACCCACGAGCUCAUGUAUCUACAUGGUGAAGCGCAUGUAUGCACAAUUCCUAUAGUUUCUCUACCUCCGCGAAACGAAACCUCAGAAGCCGAAGCUCGCGCUGCUGAACAAAAAGAGCUUGCUAGAGCAACGGAUCGUGGUUGGGAACUGCUUCAAGAUUUGGAGAAUAACUGUCUAUAUUUCGUGUCUGGAUGGUGGUCAUAUUCGUUCUGCUACAAUAACGAAAUCACACAAUUUCAUCAACUGCCCGCACAACCCGGAAAGGCGGCAUUCCCACCCCAACCGGAUCCAUCAGCCCAGGAAUUCGUUCUUGGAAAGGCGAAGGCAUCACCAAAAAGCAAGAAUAAAGAGGAUGAAUGGGGCAAUCAAAUAGAAGCGCAUGAGGCACCCAAAAAUGGGGAAUCACCAAAAACAGAAUUACAAGUCAAGGGCGACAUGCGUUACCUCGUUCAGAAAAUGGAAGGUGGCACAAUCUGCGAUCUCACAGGCAAGCCCCGCCAAGUCGAAGUUCAAUUUCACUGCAACCCUAAUGUCAAGGAUCGUAUUGGAUAUAUCAAGGAAAUGACCACAUGUUCAUACCUGAUGGUUGUAUACACACCCCGCCUUUGCGACGACGUGGCAUUCAUGCCACCUAAAGCAGAGAAAGCCAACAGCAUAGUCUGCAAACCUGUAGCCCACCAACAAUCCCAAUCCCAUAUUGAUUCCAACUUUAUCACCUCUUCACCCUCCUUGGCCUACGCUAAAAAUCCCAUAGUAAUUGGCGGUGUGACCGUCGGCGCAGGUAAAUUCGUCGGUAAAGAAGGACAACGUCUACCUAUCCCCCCGGACUUUGGAGAUGGUGAGAGCGGAAGCCGGACAGAAAUCAUUGCACGCGGCAAAAGCAAGGCCCAGGGAGGGAAGGUCGAAGUCAUUAGUCCGAAAUCACUGGAAUCAAUGGAUCUCGACCCGAAAAUGAUUGAAAAGCUACAAGAGGAAGUCAAGAAGCUGGCAGGUGACAAGGGCUGGAAAAUUGAGGUUGUUGAUGCCCCAGGACAGGUUAGAGAAAUCUUGGGAAUUGUCGAGGAUGAUGCAGGGCAAGGCCAUCAAAAGGGACCCGGAAAACCUAUCGAGGGGGAAUCUCAGAAGUAUGGCGAUAAGAAAGAUAAUAAUGUAUAUGAAGAUGAAGAUAGUGAAGAAGGUAGCGAGGAAAUAUUCAAGGAUGAAUUAUGAGGCUUCGUAUCUUCUAUUUUUUCUAGGGAUUCGGCGGGGGGCGUAACCGGUUCGUUUCAAAGAUACGAUGUAAUACAUGGGAAAUAAAAGAUUGUUACAUAUAUACCUGUGUGGUUUUAUUGUGAUCAUAAAGUGUCCAGGUAGUUGUGUAUUUGGCCUAUAUAUGAUA